UCCCUCUGUACCGAAAUACUUGUAAAAGUUCCCCCAACUACAAGUAUUUCGGUACAGAGGGAGUAUCACUUAAGCUUUGCAUGCCCUUAAGAGCUGCAGGAAUAUGAGCUCCCUGGUUAUCGUCAGAAACUUCAUGAAUGAGGCUUGGCCCAAAGUGCUGAAACUCGAUAAGAAUAAACUCACCGGUGCAAUCCCCCAAGAGAUUGGUCAUCUGAAAGAACUCCUUUGCCUGAACUUGAGUUUCAACAACUUUUAUGGAGAGAUCCCACAAUCAAUCUGCAACCUCAUGAACCUGCAGAUGCUAGAUUUGUCAAAUAACCAUCUGACUGGUGAAUUUCCAGUGGCAUUGGAGAUCCUUCAUUUCCUUUCGGAGUUCAACAUUUCCAACAACAACCUAGAAGGACCUAUUCCAACAACAGGCCAGCUGAGCACGUUUCGGACUUCUAGUUUUCACGGGAACCCAAAGCUGUGCGGCUCUCUGCUUAUUAGGGAUUGCAGUUUGGUUGAAGAAGCUCCCGUGUACAUCAUCCCUGCAAGAGAAUACAGAAUGAAGGUCAUCUUUUCGAUUGCAUUUGGUCUUUUCUUUGGGGUAGGGGUGCUAUAUGACCAGUUAGUAUUGUUCAGAUAUUUUGGCUAAGCCCAGUUUAACUGUAAUAUGGUCUAGUAUACAAUAGAUAGAGGUGAACAUGCCUUAGUUGUUCACAUCUUUGUGUCCGCUUCAAUUGCUUCGUACUAAUAUAUGUUGAAGUUGUAUGUUGUUAGCUUGCUGAAUAGAUAGACUAAAGGUAAAUAAUGUUUGUUUUUCUAUCUAGCUGCAUUGUUAAGUUGUUCGGAGGUGUACAAAAUGCACAAUUUGAUCGGAAUACAAAGAUGGCGACCUAGCUACCACCUACAUGGCUGCAUAUAUAUAUAACAAAUUGGUCCUCCAGAAAACAACUACUGACAAAGUUGACAUGAUCAAAUAUCCCCAAAAUUAAGCAAGAACGCUGAUGAAA